CAAUGGAACGCGUUGGUUUACAACAUAGUGCGGGAAACAUCAAAAUUAUCAUAUAACUUAAAUAAAAUAAUAUCUUCGACAUGAAGAUUUAACUUUCCUCUCAUUUUGAAAUCGACAAUUCAAUAAUCCCUUAGCAAAGUCCUGAAUGACAAAAAUGUCACAUUUACCACGGGUUAACCUGGACGAGCCUCGGUGGGAUCAAAGCACGUACAUAGGAAGAGUAAAGUAUUUUUUUAGUGUUGCCAAUCCACUAAAUAUUUUUGUAUCCUCUCAAACUUUGGACGAAGCAAGGACAAUUGUUUUAAAAUACAAGGCUGGCGAGGAUUUACCGAGCACGCUCACCCUGGACGAUGUCUACCGAGCUAAGCUGUUGUACGACUCAGCGUUUCACCCUGACACGGGAGAGAAGAUGACCCUUGUGGGCCGUAUGUCAGCCCAGGUCCCCAUGAACAUGUUCAUCACUGGCAUGAUGAUGACCUUUUACAAGUCAACUCCUGCUGUCGUGUUCUGGCAGUGGUUCAAUCAGUCUUUCAACGCUGUUGUCAACUAUACGAACCGGAGUGGCGCUAAUCCCAUCCCUGCCGAUCAGCUGGCAAAGUCAUACGCAAUGGCAACAAGUGGGGCUUUAGCUACCGCCCUUACCCUCAAUAGGAUGGUUAAAAGAGCACCUCCUCUUAUUGGUCGCCUAGUGCCUUUUGCUGCCGUAGCUGCAGCCAACUGUAUCAACAUUCCUACGAUGAGAAUUAAGGAGAUUGAGACUGGGAUACCAGUGUACGAUAUAAACAACAACAAGCUUGGCGAGUCAAAGGUGGCUGCCAAAACAGGCAUCGCAGCUGUGGUCUUCAGUAGAGUAGUGAUGGGGUCACCAAGCAUGGUGUUAACCCCAGUCAUAGUGAACAAGCUAGAUCAGAAGGGGGUGUUCAGAAGGUAUCCGUGGAGUGCAGCGCCAGUGCAGACUCUCAUCUGUGGAGCCAUUCUGACGUUCGCUACUCCAAUGGCGUGUGCAAUAUUCUCCCAACGAGCUCAGAUCAACGUCGACAAGCUCGAGAAACAUAUCCAGGAGAAAGCAGCAGAACAGAUUCCUCCGGCUGUCCAUGCCUACUACAAUAAAGGCUUGUAAAGUAUCUACCUACAGCUUCACCACCACGCCAUCAACAACAAUACAAGUGCUGCCAGCGAGGUCUAACAGUGCGACCAUCUUGUUGAAACACUUGUUACAACUGUUGGAACCUGUAAUGAGACCGUUUGUUGUAAGCAAUAAACUACCGGCCUAUUUAAAACUAAUCUUAAGGAACUUUUUUUGUUUAAAAAGCUUAGAACAUACUUGCAUACCGUAUACAAAUAACAGUAAAAAAGUUCCCGGAAUGAUUUCUUAUAAAUGUGUUGAAUAAAGAUAAAAAACAUACAAACCUAUUUUCCGUCAAAAUAAUCUCCUUCAAAAUCCUCUGCAACUGCAACCACCACACACUUUUCCCAAACGUCUUAGUCAAGUAUUGGUCUUAAAAACAAUUUUGGAACUCACUUUUUUAAGUGAUUUCAAUGACUUCGUCGCAUUUUGUUUGAUACACUCAGCAUCUGCAAAUCGUUCUCCUUUUAAUGCAAUUUUCAAACGCUGGAACAGGAAGGAAUCGGCAGGCGCGAGGUCGGGUGAGUAGGGGCACGUAGGGGGGAUGUUCUAGCGUGGUGACGCUGUGCUUCUAUAGGUAAUGGAUGCCAUGUCGAUGUGCGGGGGCGUUGUCAUGAAUGAAAAUUCAAUUGUCUUCCGCUCAAUUUUCAGGGCCUUCUGAUGGCAUCUCUUAAGCGCCUGAGAAUUUCGACUUAAAUUGGCUGCUUGUGUACGGUUUGCCCCUGUGGGAUAAACUCAUAGUGAAUUACGCCUUUUGGAUAAAUAAACCUCAAACAUCACAUUUUCUUUGUUUUUGUCCACAGGAAAUGUUUCCUUCCUUGGAGAUGU